CGGGGCAUGUGAGGUCCUUACGCCUAGGAUGUAAUCCAUUGCUAGCAACCUGCCGCUGCUAGCUGCUGAUGUUUACUUUAAAUACAGCCGUCAUUUUCAUCAAGGACAUUUUAAUUGUUAGCAAAAAUGAACUAACUUAGCCUUAUCACCUAAGACCGCUUUCUCUUUUGUUUUGUGCACGCAGCACAUACCAACACAUUGGCAUUGCGAACGGCGAGGAUUGACUGCUGUAUAGCCGUGGCAUUUGCAUCUUUUUAAAACUGGGAUUGCAGCCUGGCCCUUUGCCCGUGCUGCGAAACACAUUUUUUACCAUUGUCCUUUACUUGAAAUAGUGUUUAUUUCACAACGAUGCGUGUGAGGGGGACCCUGUAAACUAAAUGACUGUCAGAAAUAUCGCCUCCAUUUGUAAUAUGGGCACCAAUGCCUCUGCCCUGGAAAAAGACAUUGGUCCGGAGCAGUUUCCCAUUAAUGAGCAUUACUUUGGAUUGGUCAAUUUUGGGAACACGUGUUACUGUAACUCGGUGCUGCAGGCCCUCUACUUCUGCCGGCCGUUUCGGGAGAACGUGCUGGCCUACAAGGCCCAGCAGAAGAAGAAGGAGAACCUGCUCACGUGCCUGGCCGACCUCUUCCACAGCAUCACCACGCAGAAGAAGAAGGUGGGCGUCAUCCCGCCCAAGAAGUUCAUCUCGCGCCUGCGCAAGGAGAAUGACCUGUUUGAUAACUACAUGCAGCAGGACGCUCACGAGUUCCUCAACUACCUGCUGAACACGGUGGCCGACAUCCUGCAGGAGGAGAAGAAGCAGGAGAGGCACAACGGGCGCCCGAAGAACAACGGCACCGCCGUCGCCAACGACAACGCCGCAAACGCAGCCGACGCCGACAACAACAAGGCGGCCGAGCCCACGUGGGUGCACGACAUCUUUCAGGGCACGCUGACCAAUGAGACACGCUGCCUGAACUGCGAGACGGUCAGCAGCAAAGAUGAGGACUUCCUUGAUCUGUCUGUGGACGUGGAGCAGAACACAUCAAUAACACACUGCCUCAGGGACUUCAGUAAUACAGAGACUCUGUGCAGUGAGUAUAAAUACUACUGUGAAGCAUGCUGCAGCAAACAGGAGGCCCAAAAAAGGAUGCGUGUCAAGAAGCUGCCCAUGAUCCUGGCCCUGCACCUGAAGCGCUUUAAGUACAUGGAGCAGCUGCACCGCUACACCAAGCUGUCCUACCGCGUGGUCUUCCCCCUGGAGCUGCGCCUCUUCAACACCUCCGGAGACGCCGUCAACCUCGACCGCAUGUACGACCUGGUGGCCGUGGUGGUCCACUGUGGCAGUGGGCCGAACAGAGGACACUACAUCACCAUAGUGAAGAGCCACGGCUUCUGGCUUCUGUUUGAUGACGACAUAGUGGAGAAAAUCGAUGCGCAGGCCAUUGAGGAAUUCUAUGGCUUGACCUCUGACAUUUCCAAAAAUUCAGAGUCUGGAUAUAUUCUCUUUUACCAGUCCAGGGAAUAACAAACACAAGAGGAAGAAAGUAAGCGGGAUGAAGAGAAAGAGAAAGAGAGAGAGAGAGAGAGAGAGAGAGAGAGAGAGUGUGCUCACACAGAGGGAGGGAGGGGAAAGGAACCCAAACGAGUUGACUUGGAUAUUGACCACAACCCCUUAAUCCUAAUCCCUCUCCUUCCUCUCCUGAGUGCCUCUUCCACCCAAACUGUGUGCCAAUAACUCAGCCACUUCCUCCCUCUUAACCUGCCAACACUACAUUUCCCACAAUCCCUUGUCUCCACACCCAUGAAAUGUUGGGAGUUUUUUUUUUUUUUCAUUUAGUUCCUUCUUUUCUUUCUCUUCAUUAUUCAUUAUUCACCUGCAUUUGAAUGGCACUUUAGAACAAAUAUCAAAUGACAGAGAAAGGUAUUUGGGUGAAAAACCAACUAUCCACCUAUCCAUGAAGAGAGUUCGCCACGCCAACUGCCCUGAGCCCAAAGGGGGAUCUCUCUCUCUCUCUCCGUUACCGGAGGCGUGUCUGUUCUUGGGCUGCUCUUCCACAGGAAAACAUAGCAAGAAAUCUCAUUUUUAUAUUUAUAUAUGGUGUGUGUGUGUGUGUGUGUGUGUGUGUGUGU